GCGGACGACCAGCCCUACCCGAUACGAACCAAACCCAGAUUUUCCCCGGGCGCCGCAGCCGCAUUUCGUCGAGCACAGGACGCGCAUGGCCAUGGCUGCGCCCCACGUCUCGCACUCGCAGCCACCCGUCGGGCGCGCCGCUUUAUUCGCUCACCCCACCACCGCGCAGAGCUCCUCCCCUCUCCGCCUCCCCCUCCACCGCGCCGCCGUCCGGCCCGUCCGCCUCUACGCUGUCUCCACCGAUGCCGCCCCUGCCCCUGCCACCGCCGCCGCUGCGAUGGACGCCGUGGCCGACUGGGGGCUCACCCCGCUCGCGGAGGCCGACCCGGAGGUGUACGACCUCAUCGAGCGCGAGAAGCGGCGCCAGCGCACGGGCAUCGAGCUAAUCGCGUCCGAGAACUUCACCUCGCUCGCCGUCAUGGAGGCGCUCGGUUCCCCGCUCACCAACAAGUACUCCGAGGGCAUGCCCGGGGCGCGCUACUACGGCGGGAACGAGGUCAUCGACGAGGUCGAGGAGCUCUGCCGCGCCCGCGCCCUCAAGGCGUUCCACCUCGACCCCGCCUCCUGGGGCGUCAACGUGCAGCCCUACUCCGGUUCCCCCGCCAACUUCGCCGCCUACACUGGGCUGCUCCAACCCCACGAGCGCAUCAUGGGGCUCGAUCUGCCGUCCGGAGGACACCUCACUCAUGGGUACUACACGGCCGGGGGCAAGAAGAUUUCUGCCACCUCCAUUUACUUUUCGAGCUUGCCCUACAAGGUGAGCUCCGACACCGGGUACGUCGACUAUGAUAGGCUGGAGGAGAAGGCCAUGGAUUUCCGCCCCAAGCUCAUUAUCUGUGGCGGGAGCGCGUACCCACGGGACUGGGAUUAUGCCAGGCUUAGGGCCAUCGCGGACAAGUGCGGGGCCAUGUUGCUGUGUGACAUGGCUCAUAUUAGCGGUCUCGUUGCCGCUCAGGAGGCUACGAAUCCGUUUGAGUAUUCUGAUGUGGUUACCACCACCACCCACAAGAGUCUCCGAGGGCCAAGGUCUGGUAUGAUAUUCUACAGGAAGGGCCCGAAGCCUCCCAAAAAAGGCCAGCCCGAGGGUGCUCUUUACGAUUACGAGGACAAAAUCAACUUUGCAGUGUUUCCAUCACUCCAGGGUGGCCCUCACAACCACCAGAUUGCUGCCCUGGCAGUUGGCCUGAAGCAGGCAAUGUCACCUGGAUUCAAGGCAUAUAUUCAGCAGGUCAAGGCCAAUGCUGUUGCCCUUGGAAACCAUCUGAUGAGUAAGGGCUACAAGAUGGUUACUGAUGGAACAGAGAACCACCUUGUUCUCUGGGAUCUUCGCCCUCUUGGCUUGUCUGGUAACAAAGUUGAGAAAGUAUGUGAUCUGAGCAGCAUUACACUCAACAAAAAUGCCGUCUUUGGCGACAGCAGUGCACUGGCACCUGGUGGUGUGCGAAUUGGUACACCUGCCAUGACCUCGAGAGGUUUGGUCGAGAAGGACUUUGUGAAGAUUGCUGAGUACCUUCAUCAGGCUGUGGUCAUCUGCUUGAAUGUCCAGAAGCAGCGAGGUAAGCGUUACAAUGAUUUCAUCGUUGACUUGGAGAAGAACAAGGACAUCGCGGAGCUCAGGGCAGAGGUCGAGAAGUUUGCCAUUGCAUUUGAGAUGCCUGGAUUCCUGGUGUCAGACAUGAAAUACAAGGAUUAGGCUGUGGUACCAUGCAGAUCGUUUUCUUGUAGCAGCAAAUUGGUGCCCUUAAGGGGCUGAUUGCUGUGCGCUAAUCGUGAUGUAUGAAUUAUGGUUGAAAAUGAUAUGACUCAUGAAUAAUCAUUGAAGGUAUGGCAUGAAAUGGAGAUGAUAUUUCCUAGCCUCAGUUUUCUAA